CCACAAUGACCUACCUUGUCCUGUACAAGAGAAGCAAGACGAUCUGAGAAGUUCAGUUGCAAAACGGUAGCCCACUAGAAUGGACGGCAAAACGAUGGUGAAGUCUGGUUCUGCUGAUGGCACGGGCGAUUCUGCGGCGAAUUGUCCGAAGCGUGUCUCGUUCGAGGAUGCCCUCACGCUGGCAAAAUUUGGUCGCUUCAACUACGUGCUGAUCGCGAUCGCCGGAACGGUGCUGGCCGCGGUCAUGUUGGAAAUGCUGAGCAUCAGCUACGUGAUCGCCGUGGCCGAGUGUGAUCUCGAGCUCACGUCCGGUCAGAAGGGAAUUCUUGGUGCGAUGGCGCUGGCGGGAACGAUCGCGGGUUCGCAUCUGUGGGGAUUCCUGGCGGAUACGUUGGGCCGAAGGAAGGUGAUCAUUCCGACCCUGUUGAUGACCAACGCCGUAUCGUUCGCUUCCAGCAUGAUGACCAACUUUUGGAUGAUCACGAUCUGUCGGUUUUUGACGGGGUUCUUUAUUUGUGGAGCUUCAGCGUCAAUCUACGCGUACCUCGGAGAGUUCCACAACUCACGCGAUCGAUCGCGAGCCAUCAUGGCGGCCUCCUUCGUACACUCGAUCGGUUGUCCACUGCUUCCCGGACUUGCGUACAUCAUCAUCAACCAGAGCUGGGCCUUCACCAUCCCAAUUCUCGACAUUGUGUACCGUCCGUGGCGAUUGUUCCUCGUUAUCUGCGGACUUCCGGGUUUCAUCAGCGCUAUCGCGCUGCUCAAGUUCCCCGAAAGCCCAAAAUUCGACCUUAAUCAGGGCAACGUCAAGCGAGCUACGGAAACCAUCCAGUGGAUACAUCGCUUCAAUAACGGUAACGCAGAAUCUCCCUUGCAAAUCCAACUAAUCCUCGGCGAAGCCGAGGUUCAGCCCUCUCGCGAUCACUCCAAAGGAGUCAAAGCCGUACUGGAGCUGAUCUGGAACCAAACCGCGCCGCUGUUCAAGCGACCCUACCUCCACAAAACGAUCCUCAUGUGCUUCCUGCAGUUCGGCACCUACAUCACCGCCCACGGCAUGUUCAUGUUCUUCCCGGGGCUGCUCGAUCAGCUGGUCAAAGCGCAGGAAGCCGGCAUCGAUCGAAUCACCCUGUGCGACAUUGUCUACGCGCACAAUCCUCUCGAGCCAUCGGAUCAACCGACCUGCACCCAAUCGCUAUCGCUCGCCACGUACGGCUACUCGAUAACGCUGGACAUUAUCUACGUGCUGGGCUUUCUGGUGAUCGGGCUGCUGGUCAACGCCGUUGGCAGGUUGGCCAUUCUGGUGUUUGUGUUCACGGGGUGUGGCGCUUGUGGCGUGCUGGCGGUUCUCGUGGACAUCCCGCUGCUUUCGAUGUGGCUGUACAUCCUGAUGAUGAUGAGUGGCUUCACCGUGAGCGUGGUCAGUGCCGUUACGGUGGAUUUGUUUCCCACUAGCUUGAGGGCAAUGGCGGUAGGAAUCUCGCUGAUGUGUGGCCGCAUUGGGGGCGUUUUCGGCACGAAUCUGGCCGGACUGCUGCUGGAUAGUCAGUGCGAGCUGACGUUCGGCAUAACGUGCUCUAUUUUGCUGCUGUGCAGCGUGCUGUCGUUCUUAAUUCCGAACAUCAACAAAAAGGUUCAGCCUGAUGCCAGUUAGGUCGGUGGUGUAAUAAAAGAGACUAGUCAGACUGAAAAUCUGUU